ACCGGCCAAGUAACGUGGGUUAACAACCGAACAUUGCAGUAUACUGGUCGCUCAUUGCAGGAUCAUUUGGGUUCUAACUGGCUAUCUCAUAUGCAUCCUGACGAUCAAGCUGAUUGUUGUAAGGCAUGGGAAGCAGCAUUUGAUCAAGGGAAUGGAUUUGCAGGUGAAUUUCGGCUACGUCGUUUCGAUGGAAUAUAUCGAUGCUUUCUAUGGCGCAUUGUUCCGCUCCGAGAUCUAAAAGGACGUAUAAUUCAUUGGUUCGGUAAUACGGAUGUCCAUGAUCAACAUGUAGCAAAAGAGAGUACUUUACGGCAGAUGGAGAUUGAAAGCAGUGAAAGGAAAUACAGAAUGCUGGCAGAAGCAAUUCCACAAAUUGUUUUUACAUUCUCACCUGGCAUUGGUCUAACAUAUGCCAACGACAAAUGGGAAAGUUACUCUAAUCAACCAUUUGAAAAAACCGUUGGUCUGGGGUUCAUGUCGCAGGUCCAUUCUGAAGAUAGACAUAAGUUACAACUUCCUGAUUUAGUGCGACACAAGACAGCUGGGGUAGCAUGGCAAAAUGAGAUCCGCCUCCAAAGUAGUGAUGGAGACUAUAGAUGGUUUUUAGUAAAAUGUAUAUCUGUUGAUGAAUUAGAUACGGGUCAGGUACGAUGGUUCGGGACAUGUACAGAUAUCAACGAUCACAAACUAUUAGAACAUAAACUUAAGGAAGCCCACGAUGCAGCGCAGAAGUCUACAGAGAGUAAGACCCGAUUCCUGUCAAAUAUGUCCCACGAAAUUAGGACACCUUUGAUAGGAAUCACAGGAAUGCUAAACUUCUUGUUGGAUACCGAGCUCACACCUGAGCAAAUGGAUUACGUACACACUAUACAACAGUCUGCUGAAUCCUUAUUAGUUGUAAUCAAUGAUAUCUUGGAUCUGAGCAAGGUCGAAGCAGGGAUGAUGAAACUCGAAUGGGAACCAUUUAGCUUGGUGAGCAUGAUUGAAGAUGCGAAUGAGUUGCUUUCUACUCUUGCCGUACAAAAAGGUCUAGAACUUAGUUUCUGGGCUGAUGACGAUGUGCCUGAUGUGGUGGUCGGUGAUCGGAUUCGAUUAAGACAAGUCCUUUUGAAUUUGAUUGGAAAUGCUAUAAAAUUUACGUCCAAAGGAGAGAUAUAUACCCAAUGUUCAUUACAACAUUUCGACAAGGAGGAAUCGGAACUCACGCUGCUGUUCGAAGUAGUUGAUACAGGUACAGGAUUUGAUGCUGAUGGCGAGGCAGUCAUGUUUAAGCCAUUCUCCCAAGUGGAUAGCUCAAGUACACGCAAGCACGGAGGUAGUGGACUUGGUCUUGUGAUUUCUAGACAGUUAAUUGAGCUACAUGGUGGAACGAUGAAUUGUCGAAGCAAGAAAAACCAAGGAUCUACAUUCUUUUUUACUGCGAAGUUUGGCGUGCCUGCGUCACAGACACACCCACAACCUCAAACACCUCAAAAUGAAGCAGCCGAUCCUUUCAGUCGCUCUCAUACAUAUUGCCCCCGUGAAGAAGGUUUGCCAUUUCAUAAUGAUAGUGUCAACAAACCCCAACCUUCCAAGGAUUUUGGUACUUCGCAGCCUCUCUUAAACCAAUUUUCCCAAUCGCCGGAACUUCCGUGCUCGGUUGAAUUAAUGCACGAUGCACUAUUAAAUAAAGCAGCUACAAUGCGUCUCAUGCCUCCGCCUGUACGAAGCGAUCGACUGACAUUACCAAAGAUCGUUUUGUUGGAACAGAUUGCAGACCAAAUGACCCCGAUGAUAUUAACAUCUCCUGAACUAGAACCACUACGAAGCAAACUGAAAGAAACAUAUCUAAUGGUGUUGAUCGUAUGUGAAUGGCCACGAUCACGGUCUACAAUGGUAAAACACUCCAAAUCGAUUCUUAGUACAUUGGUUAAGUCCAAUCAAGACCUUGAAAUCGAGACAGCCACCAAUCACUUAGAAGCUGUAGAGCAACUUGCCAGUCCUUUACGACCGGCAUAUGACUAUACUCUUGUGAGUCUUGCAUCUGAACAACAGAUUCUAAUGUUGAUGCGAAUGGUGUGCAGCUCAUCUUUCCACCAAGGCACAAAUUUACUUGUGGUCACGACUCCAAUGCAACGUUCGUUAAUUAUGGAAGGCUCAAAGGGCCAAGAACAGUCGGUUUUGCCACGUAAUUGUGGAUUUGUGUUUAAACCACUCAAAAGAAGUAAGCUUAGCUGGUAUUUUGGAGUACGACCUAUUUCAUCUGGUUCGGACGAUCCUAAGAAUAUGAGUGCUCCUGAUGCUCCGCAACAGCGUGUGGUUACACAGAAAGAAGUCUUUCAACAAAUGGAGUCGGAUGUUGGUGGAAAAGGUUUCAGGGUUCUGUUGGUUGAAGAUAAUCCUGUCAAUCAAAAGGUAUUGACGCGUUAUCUGGUUCGGGUUGGAUUGAAUGUAGAAGUAGCAUGUGAUGGAGAGGUGUGUAUAAAUUUAUUCAAUAGCCACCCACACAGCUACUAUUCAUUGAUCCUGUGCGAUCUGUUUAUGCCGGUUAAAGAUGGGUAUGAGGCAACGCGUGAGAUUCGAGAGUGGGAGACUGCGAACGGGAUCUCACCGGAAAAACAAGUGCCAAUCGUUGCUCUUUCAGCAAAUGUGAUGAGUGAUGUGGCAGAAAAGUGCUUGGCAAGUGGGUUCUCUACAUAUAUUUCAAAACCUGUUAAUUUUGCCAUGCUGAGUGAUGUUAUUCGAGGAUAUCUUCUUCCU